AUGAGACUUUCAGCAUACAUCGUCGCCAUCGCCGGUGCCGCCCUGCUCGGGCAAACAAUCGCCGCGCCUGUCGAGACCCGGGGGGAUGUCGCACAGCAUGUUGAAGCAACACGGUUAGAGAAGCGCGAGGACAUGACUGAUGAGCAGAGGGAGGCUUUGAAAUACUUCCACGAGCCUGGGGGUGGCAAUCAACUAGGGCAUUACGACCGCCGCUACUUUAAGGGGAUCGUGUCCGACGAAGAACGCACUGAGACGCAGUUGCACAUGGUACGCGCGUACCUGGAGUGGUUCCGUGAGAAGGGCCUCGAUACGUGGAUAGCACACGGGACGCUGCUCGGCUGGUGGUGGAACGGAAAGCGCCUACCCUGGGACUGGGACAUGGACACCCAGGUGUCAGACUCCACCCUCACCUAUCUCGGUGAACACUACAACCAGACGACGCAUAAGUACCGAUCCGAGGACGGCAAGACCGAGCGCGAGUAUCUCAUGGACGUCAAUCCCAUGAUCGUGGAGCGAGUGCGAGGCGAUGGCAUGAACAUAAUUGAUGCAAGGUGGAUAGACACUAGCAAUGGCUUGUUUAUCGACAUCACUGGACUUAGCGAGACCCACCCGGACAGUGCCCCGGGCUGGUGGAGCUGCAAGAACUACCACAAGUACCAGACUUCGGACCUCUACCCGAUGCGCGAGACUAUGUUCGAGGGCGUCGUAGCAAAGGUGCCGUAUGCGUACGACAAGAUCCUUAAGGACGAGUACCAGGAGAAGGCGCUCAUUGUCACUGAGUUUGAAGGUCACAAGUGGGACACCCAACAACUGCUGUGGAUCAAGACGCCAGAGCAAGCCGAAAAGGAUAGGCAAGAGGAAGCUCAGCGAGCAGAAGAACGCAAGAAGCAGGAGGAGGAAGAGAAGAACAGAAAAGAAAUUGAGGAGAAGCAGGUGUAG